UCUGUGCAACGGCGUGAAUUGACGGUUCUCGACCUUUUCCUCGUCGCGCAUCUGGCCCUCACUUUGUCCACACAACAGCGACCAUCCUCCGCUGCACAUCAUGGCUUCGAGCCGGCAGUCGGGACAAGUCGUCCACCAGGACUACAUUGCGCGCGUGCGCUACGACAACUCACUGCCGCCUCCCUCUCUACCCCCGAAAUUCCUCGACAUCCCUGGCACUGGUCUGGCAGGUGCCGACUACACCAGCGCCGGCUAUGCAUCCAGAAUGGCAAAAGAGCAGCCGCUCAAUAUCGAGGCAGACGCAGAAUUGGGAAUGCCCAUUGAUCUGGUCGGCAUCCCGGGCGUGUUCGACGGAGAUGAGCGUGCAAUUCUGGCCCGUCCAGGCCCUAUAAAGCUCCAUCCAGCCGACAAAGAGCUCCUCAAACCACUCGGGGCACUCGGCAAAGGCGCUGCCAUCGCCGGCUCGGUGUCCUUCUUGCGCCGAACCGAGUACACUUCUUCGCAAGGGCCCCAGCAAUUCACAUCAUCCACCUCGAAAGACCUCCUUCGCUUGCGCAACGAUCCGAAGAGGAGGAAGACGAGCAUGAACAAAGACGAUCCCAUCAACAUCAUCCGAAACGUGAUCAAGGGCUUCGACAUUGCAUAUCCCCGUGACGCCUACAAGGGAGAAGACAGUACCACCAACAUCCAGGGUGCCAAACCCUCGGAGGCGGAUGCAAAAGCAUGGACAAAUCCCCAACACCCUUCGAAACCCAGCCUGCAGCUCCUCGACAGUUACCCCGUCUUGCCCGAUCUCGACGCUCUGCCCUCGACCGCUUGCUUCAUGCUAGCGAAGUUCAUCACCAAUCCCCUCGCCUCCUCGCGUGGCUACGACCACCGCCUCGACGCCGCCAUCCUACGGCAGAAGAACGAUGAGCAAGCAUACGCAAGAUGGAACCACCGGAACGAAGAGUGGAAGCAAAGCUCCUCCACCAAACCGCAACCCAUUCCAGAGGACGACUACGAGUACUUUGUACCACUCGAAGCGACAUCCGUGCGCUCGAUCAAGCGGAAGCUCGACGUCAAUGAUCCCGAACACGAUGACGACGAGCUCUACACCGAUGACGGCCCGGAUGGACGGCGUCUCUUCAAAUACUCGCGCCUACGGACGUACGAAACAUACCAGCAAAGCGGUGACCCAGCGAGCUUCUACGAUGACCACGUCGCGCUGGCUUUACACGAUCCCGACGAAACAGUCGGGGCCGUACCUGGAAUGACGCAACGUUUGCAAAAAGGCGCAUACUUUUACCCUAUCAUGCAGCGAACGUCACUUCGGCCGAAGAGAAACGUGGGACAAAUGGCGUUCAGUCAGGCGGCGGAUGAUGAGAAGAUUGACGAGCUCGAUGUCACGGUUGCGGAUGUUGAUGAGGCAUUGAGAGAAGCCAUAUUGGAGAAGAGGGCGGUGAUCGAUCCGAGUGCGAAGGCUGAUCUGCCUGCAGCUGUCGAGGCGGCUGCGUGAUAAGUACCACACACGUCGUUUCUGUUUGCGUAGUAGCGAGUUGCAUUCAACGAUCCACUUCUUGUCCCGGCUCAUCGUCCUGUCCUCAAGCAGUCAUAGCCCAUUCCAGCCCAGGGACCGCUAUCGCUUCAAUAUAAUGACUGACCUCAAAUCCCCACGCCACAACGCCUCGCUAACCUUUCGACAACAACUUCCAAAAGUCCCAAUCUCAAGCCUCCGCCUCAGCAACCACAGGCCCCAAAUCACCCACCCCAUCCUUACAAACCCCACACCCGGGAUCCUCACACCCCACCACAAAUCGCGGAUCAUACGCAUCCCCCGCCCAC